AUGAGAGGUCCAAUGGACUUGUUUGUUAGAAAACCUGAAACUGCCAUUGCAAGAAACAAAAGAGAGAAAUUGAGGCAGCAGAACAUCAAGGAAGCAUGUAAUAAGGAAGCAGUUCAUAGAGUUCAUCGAUACAUAGCACAGUGGUUCUACCAAGCUGGGAUUCCAUUGAACUCAGUAAAGUUGAAGAGUUUUCAAGAAAUAUUGUGGGCUGUUGGAAGCUUUGGUCCCAAUUUACCUGCUCCCAGUUAUCAUGCUCUAAGGGUUCCACUGCUUAAUGAGGAGUUGGAUUACACCAAAGGAUUGUUGAAGGGUCAUAAAGAGCAAUGGAAAAAGUAUGGUUGCUCUAUUAUGUCAGAUGCUUGGACGGAUAAAAGGCAAAGGAGCAAUAUUAAUUUUCUUGUAAACUCUUCAGCUGGGACAAUGUUUUUGAAGUCUAUUGAUGCUUCUGAUUAUGUGAAGACUGGUGAGAAAUUAUUUGAGCUUCUUGAUGAUGUUGUCGAGGAAAUUGGUGAGCACAACGUUGUUCAAGUUGUAACUGAUAAUGGGAGUAAUUAUGUUCUUGCUGGUAAGUUGCUGAUGGAGAAAAGGCCAAAUUUGUUUUGGACUCCUUGUGCUGCCCACUGUUUGGAUUUUAUGCUUGAGGACAUUAGGAAGUUACCAUUAAUUCAAAAAACCAUAAAAACGGCCAUUUCAUUGGUUAGCUUCAUUUAUAGUCACUCUAGCACGUUAGCUAUGUUGAGAAGCUUCACAAAUGGCAAGGAGUUGGUAAGGCAUGCAGUCACCCGAUUUGCCACUUCAUUUUUCUCUUUGGAAAGGCUUUAUGAGGAGAAAGGAAAUUUGAGAAGAAUGUUCACCUCAGAUGAAUGGGCAAAGAAUAAGUUGUCAAAGGAGGCAAAGGGGAGGGAGGCAACAAAGAUUGUUAUCAUGCCCUCUUUUUGGAAUCAUGUCAAGUACACCCUUAAGAUUAUGGGCCCUCUUGUUCGGGUGCUUAGACUUGUUGAUGGAGAGAAGAAGCCACCAAUGGGAUAUAUUUAUGAAGCAAUGGAGAAGGCAAAGGAAUGCAUAAUGAAAACAUUUCUUAAUGAUGAGAGCAAGUACAAUGAUGUUUUUAAAAUCAUUGACAACAGAUGGAAUUGCCAACUUCAUCGUCCGUUGCAUGCAACCGGUCAUUUUCUAAAUGCUGAGUUGUUUUAUGACAACCCUUGGAUUGAACUGGAUUUAGAAGUUACAAAGGGGUGGUUUGAGUGCAUCACUAGAUUGGUGCCAAGUCAAGCUGUGCAACAGAAGAUAUUGGAGGAGCAAGCACUAUACAAGGCCGGCUAUGGACUUUUUGGAUUAGAUUUUGCAAAAUCUCAAAGGAAAAAGAUUUCACCCGUUAAGAUUGUUAUAAAUUUUACAAAGCUUUAUAAAUUUAGUUCGGUUAAACUAUUAAAGGCUUAG